AUGAGUCAAUUCAUCGCCCCUGCUGUCUCCAUCAGCCUCCCGCCGAACUUCACCUACUCUGAGUCGGUAUCCCUGCAAGAGGGGGCCGUACCCAACACCGACGGUGUUCCUGCCCCCAACGGCACCAACGGAUCUGAUCACUCUAACGGUACCAAUGGAUCUGCUGCUGAUUUGCAACCCCCGGCAUCCAACUUAAGAGCUCCUCCCCUUGAGGUUCUCCAGCACUUCAAGGGAACAUUCAAGGGACAUGGUUUCAACACCAUCUUCCGCCCGAAUAAUAACAAGGCCGGCUUCAGUGAGAUGAAUGUCAAGCCAAAUGACAACGUCAAGGACAACAUCCUGCAGUUGAACAUCACCGCAGAGACCCAGGUUUUCUCUACCCCUCUCGGGGCGGUGCCCAACCGCGGCCUGGACGAUCAACCUGAUGUCGCUCUUGACGGAAUCUCAUACACCCAGACCAUUAUCGACUUGACCGAGAAGGUGAAGGGCCGCCAGCAACCAGUCAUCCACUUUGAGCCCGGCCUCUGGAUGCGCGUCCCCAAAACUGAGGACCCCACCCUGGCCGCGUCUUAUGCUCGCAUGGCGUCCAUUCCUCAUGGCACCACGAUCAACGCUCAAUGCUUUGAUCAGGCGGUCACCACCAAUGGCGCACCUAAUAUCGAAUCAGCUGACAUCACGCCAUUCGGCAUCGGCAAGAUCCAGGCCCAGUCUCCAAUCCCAUUUCCCAGCCAACAGGCAACGGACAGCACCACCCAUCGCCUGCCUCAGGACCUGGAACCUUUCAUCAAGAACUCUAGCAUCACUCAAGAGAUGAUUGACAACCCUAACAGCAUCUUGAGCAAGGCCAAUAAGGGAAAGACCAUCACCAACACCACUACGUUCACGGUGUCAACCGAUUCUCAGGCUGGUGGCGGCACACGCAACAUCGGCUUUCUUGUCUCUGGCAAGGCGCCGGGCACAGGUGGGCCAAGCAACGCGGAUGCAGUGAGCAUGUCGGCGACUUAUUGGGUCUCGACGGUGCAAGCAAAGGUUGAGCUCAAGCCUUGGAAGCCCACUGCGCAGAAGCCUUUCAGGACUUUCUCGCCGGCAGCCCAUAGCCGUCACGAUGGAGUUCCCACAUUCGUCGUGCGGGAUGAGAUCAAGACGGCAAGAACCGUGACUGUCGAGUAUACUCAGAUUCAGUAUUCUCAGACCGUCAUGCUCAACUUCGCUACUCUCUCAUGGCCCCAUGUUAGCGUCGCCACUCUUGCUCCCAGCGACAUCCCGCUUGUCGAGGCAAUCAUUGCACGAAACUAA